AUGCCUGUGCAGGAGACUGCUGAUCAGCGCGAGGAGCGCCGCUCCGCCGUCAAAACCAUUUGCAGGCUGAGCACAGCUCUGCAAAGCCCAGAAAAGCUCAGCCGGGAUGUGGGCGGACAAAUUCUGGCAGAGCGCGUUGCGCAGCUCCGAGACGCUCUGCAAGGCGAGGAGCUUCAAAUUCUCGAAGACACCGUGCGACAAUAUGAAACAGCGGUUGGAAGAGCCUUGAACUUCGAGGAUGCGCAGGCAGGCGAGCAGUCUGUAGGUGCAGCUUCUUCAAUGCCGGAGGAGCCAUCGCAACCAAGCGCCUCCUUCCAGGUUCAGUCGCAGUCCGGCGGUAGGUCUUUCCGGAUUCAUGGACAGGAUCUACAGCUGACUUUCAAUCAUGGUCCGUGGAGAUCUCAAAACGAAAAUGCUGAGGAAUGGUUUGCGUCCCAAGGUGUGCACCUUGUGGCCAGAUUCCAGACUUGGGCUUUGGAAGAACUGCCACAAAAAUUCCGCGAACCAAUCCUGCACAUGUCUCUGACUCUGGAAGAGCUGAACAAAGCCAGAGGUGGCCACGUGCAAGUUUCUCGAAAUCGUGCUCACUUUUAUGUUUACUGCAGCAAGGUCGGCACUCUCUGGUCCUUCACAAACUAUUGGCCUUUUGUGGACUACGAAGUGCAGCCCUUCUGGCUCAUGGGGUGGUGGGCGACCGGAAAGCUGAGCAACAAGCAGUAUAAAAGCUACUUGCUUAAAUGCAAGAAGUCUUAUCGUGGGCUGCUGCAAAACUUCGAAGCUGUUGUCCACUCUGAGAAUGCGCUGCAGCUGGAGGAGUAUCGUGAAACAGUCGUACAGAUCUUGGCCUCUGCACGUUUGCCUUUCCGAUCCCAUGAUGACCCGUUGUUUCCUUGCCUGCCGCACUUCUUGGAGCAGUUUCGCUGGGCCAGAGACCGGUGCAAACUCUACGCACUGCAGGGACCGUCGCAAGCAGCCAAGACUUCCUUUGUCAAGUCCUUGUUCAAGUCGCCUUUUGUCUUGACUAUCCAGGGCCAGGAUGUCUUGAACUUGCAGAGCUUCCAGUACGGUCGCCACGACGCCCUCAUCUUGGACAACCUCGUAGAGUGGUCCCUGAUAUUGAAAUACAGAGCUCUGCUCCAGGCCAAUGUGGACCUGCACAUGUUGGGUGAAUCGGCCACUGGGAUCUACAGCUACUCAGUCUUCCUUUGGGGCGUUCCCAUUUGCGUUACACUGGAUGCUGAUGUAGAUUCGACACCUUUCCUGGCAUCGGAAUGGCUCCAAGCCAAUGUGUACAGAGACGUUCUACCUGUCGGGGCAAAGUGCUACCUUGAAGGUGAGCGUGCUUCCGGCUCAGGACCGGGCAAUGCCACACGCGUCUGUGACCAGGCCAAGCAGACGCGGAGUGACAGCAGCAGAGGCAGCACAAAACUGAAAGGCAGAACUUCCUUGGCUGAGAUCCUUGAAGCCUCUCCUGUGGAGAUUGCGAAGGUUCUCAUCGAGAAAAACUUUUGCAGUGAAGCUCCUGCAGCUAAAACUUGCAGUUGCCAGAGUUCAAAGUGGAAGUUAGAGCCUCGUGGAGGUGCUUGCAACUGGCGCUGCAAAGUGUGCAGGAAGACUGUAGCUCUUACAAACGUGGACGCGGACUUGUUUGGUGGCCAGAGACUUCCUCUCAAGGCCAUUGCAGGAGCUCUCUGGCUCUACUCUUCCAAGCUCCACCUCUCACCAGACGACUGCAGCUUGCUUCUGGGCGUUGAUCAUCGGGCAAUCCGAACGCUUUUCGAGACCUUCAACCAGCACUUCGUGCCGAUCAUCGACCAGAUGAACGACGCCAUCGUGGUUGGAUUGUGCAGCGCAGAUGUCGAGCUGGAUGAGAUUUCGUUUCGGUCAAGUGGUCGAGCCCACGGAAUUGUCUGGCUCAAGUAUCUGGCAGUUGCACGGCGUGGAUCCAGUUUGGUUUGGCUGAAGCGUUUGGGCUACCGCAUCGCGGCCCCAUUUCUGUUGAAGAGAUGUUCGGCUCCGGAACCUGGGUUCGAGCUGCACAGGGUUAGUUAA